ACUGUGCGGUGCGGCCCAAGGUAGAGCUCAAACAACGGCCCAUACCUGACACACACAACAAUUGGGCUCAUGCUAGCAAGGUCGUGUUUCCAGAGGUCAAAGUUCUCACCUGUGGCCCAAUUGCAUAAAGAGUAGGUGUGGGGCCGUGGUGCCUCCUAUCCAGGGGAGGCUGCCCAGGAUGGGGAGGCGUGGCAGGCCAGGGAUGGUCGUCCUGCCAGCGGGCACCAGCAGAACCACGGUGGUGAUGGUAGCGACGACGAGCAGCACAAGAAGGAGUGGAGAGACACUCCCGACCAAUAUGGAGGACAACAUGACUACGAUGAUGGGAUGUUGGCGUCGCAGCUCGGCUUUUAAAGUCUGACGCCUGGAGUGACCUUGUCAGAGGUCAUGUCCAUGUUGUUGUUGUUGCCGGCGUGUGUGUGUUUAUCAGCGUCAGCUGACCUCGCCGUUAUCAGGUUGUCACGGCAACCUUAAGAAAGCCACAGAUGGUGUCGAUGAUUGGGCAAGUCAUAGAGUCGCCAUGGCAACACGUUUGACAUUUUGGACAUGUUGGACGUUCUGGUAUGUCACUAUGGAAACAACAUCUCUGCAGCACUGCAUCGCAGACAGUGGAGUCCAGUGCGCGGACAUGAUGCACAUGUUCAUCCUAACAGGCGUUGGCAUGGCAACGGGUUUCACACACACACACACACACACAUAGUGUAUGUAUCCGCAGUGGGGGUCACAUGCACUGCUGCAGUGAGGAAAGCCCACCGCUCCUUUUAUGGCGCGGGGAUGCCCGCUGUCACCACAGGAAGUCGGCCAUGUUUGGGCAUCCUCAACGCGUAUGGUGGGGGGAAUCCCUCACACCGCUCUUCACCAAUGAAGAGGCGCUCGCGUUGCCAAGGAGACCGAGAGUAUAAAACGGCCGGUGAGUGGAGGAGCUCGGCAUCCUCACCAUCAGCGAGCGGAUCAACGGAGCCCGGCUGAAGAAUCCUACCCGAAGACCUUUAAGUGGAAUUCCCGUCAUGCUUGCCGAGCACCACCUCACCUUCCUGUCCGAUUUGGAGGACGCGUGCAGCACCUGGGCGGACAGUGUUGAGUCGGACCUGGCAGUUGUUUCCCCGGGAACUGAGGCCUCUGACUCGGAUUUCUUCUCCGACUUCAGCGACUCUGACUCACUCUCGCCGUCCAUCGCCUGCAGUACCAGCUUCCUGUCUGAGCCAGAGGAAGGCCUGAGCAGCACGACGGACGCCAUCCUCAACAUGAUCACAGAGAUCGUGGGGAUCUGCAGCGAGAUGGAGCAGAAGGAAGACGGCGCCUACCAACCUGUGGUCAGUCCCCCUCCUGUGGCUGUUAAGAGCGAGCCGGCGAGUGCCAGCUGCGGAGGCAAAUGUGAGGCCUCCUCAAUGAGCGGGAACAGCUCCCUCCCCGCGGUGGGCGCUCCGGACUUCAUCGAGGCUCUUCUGAGCCAAGAUGGUGGCCAAUGUGAGGUCAAGCAGGAGGAGGACUGGAUGAAGGACUGGAGUUCCAGUACUAAACCACAGAAUGCCAACUCUCCAUUGCCCUCCACCCUGGAUGCCAACCUCCUGUCCUCACUCCUGCAGGGCGCAUUCCCCAGCAUCAACCUGGGUACUGUGCAUGUACCGGGACGUGCCCGAGUGUCACGGAGAGGUCCCGCCAAGAGCGGCAUGAAGGCCAAGGCGUUCCCGUGUUCCGUGGACGGAUGCGAGCGUAGCUUCUCCCGCUCGGAUGAGCUCAACAGGCAUGUACGCGUCCACACGGGACAGAAGCCCUUCAAGUGCAGCGUGUGCGCACGUAGUUUCAGCCGCAGCGACCACCUGACCACGCACAUGCGCACGCACACUGGCGAGAAGCCCUUCUCCUGCGAUGUGUGCGGGAAACGUUUCGCACGCAGCGAUGAGCGGAAGCGACACGGUCGCGUGCAUGUCAAACAGCAACUCCGUGCACAGAUGAUGGCUGCCUACUCGCUGGCCGUGAGCGCCGUGGUUUAACAUGGCGACGCCAACAAAGUGUUUUUGGCCUCCUGGUGAGGUUGAGGACUUCCUGCAUGACGUGACAAUGUCUAUGUUUGUACCAAAGUUCUAUUUUUCUAUAUGUUUCUACCUGCUGUCAUACUUGUCAUGUGACUUUUCUAUGCCUUGCACUGAUGCAUUGUGGGAUACGUGUUUAAUGUCCCGGCCCUUGCUUGAGGAUGCUCCAAUAAAA